AUGGAGGAGGAAGAGGAGGUAGUUGUCAUGGAGGAUGAUGAUGAUGAGGUAGUUGUCAUAGAGGAGGAAGAUAGGGGAGUUGUCAUGGAGGAUGAGGUUAGUCAAGGUCCUGUGAGAGAAAACAGCAUGUUUGGCCGUGUAUACUCCAGGAAAAGAAGUAAGAAGAAUGUUCAGGAGUUGGAGUUGCCAGCAGUUACAUCAACAUUUGAUGACGUGGUUGAAGUGGUGGAGUCGGAGGUAGUUGUCAUCCAUUAUACCGACCCGUCUAUCACAUUCGCUGAUGUGAUGCAGAUUGGUUUUCAGGCCACUGCUGCUAUUGAAGAGAGUAUGAGGACAUCUCCGACAACGAUACCUAUCGAGGAAACUGCUGCUACUGAGGUUCUAACGCAAGGAGACGCAUUACAAUCAGAGGGGGAGCUUAUAGCAGCAGCAUGCCAGAGGAUGAUGGAGAAUAGCGAUGAUGAUGUUCUCGUAAGUGAGAGGGCUAUGACUCAGGAGGAGAUUGAGUUUAUGCACUCUAUCACACCAGAAUCAUGGAAAACCACUCUAAAAACUCCUGCAUUCGAGAGGUCAAAACACCACCCAUUUGACUCAUCAGUGUACGUUCUGCCUAAGACUUUGUCGACAAAACUUGACGUGACGGCACUGCAAGUGGUUGAGUUCGUUUUCAGUACCACAACUAAAGAUGAUCACGACUUUAUCGUGGAAACUCCAAAGGCCAAGCUUAGCCGUUACCAAAUAUUGUCAUUGAAGCGUAAAAGUUGGGUUCAUAGCCAAGAGGAGUAUUUGAAAACUGAAAAAUAUAUAAUGGAGACGCUCUCGGAUACUAGGGAUGAUGGCAUGAUUGGCUACCGCACAUAUAUGAUAGAGAAUGGUGAGCGUAGUGAUGAGCGUGUCGUUCUCGUCGAUAUUUCUACAAGGACAUUGGUAUGCGAAUUCAGAAUGUUCAGAACUUUCGGAGUGUUAUGCCGCCACAUGAUUAAGGUGAUGCGACUUCUUGGAGAUUUUGGGGAAGCCAGUAUGAGAAGUGUUCCAGAUCAUUACAUACUCAAGCGAUGGACGUUGGAGGCGAGAAAGAAAGAGGUUGUUGAUGUCGAUGGUUAUGUUGGUCCUUCAGCUUCUAGUGAGAAUGAUGCAGGAAAAGGUAUAGCAAUGCGUUACCGAGAAACCACUGCAAUGUUGAAUCAGCUAGCAACUAACAUGUCGAUGACCGAUGAGAAGGACUACAAUAAGUGGAUGGGAGUACUCAAGAAAUUGUGCAAUGAGGCAAACAAGGCAUUGUCAAAGACCAUUACUAUCGAGGACAGACGGCAUGUACCGAUAACUGGGCUGACUUUGAAGAAGAAGAGUAAUCCAAGGAGCCAAGGUAAGGAACGUUAUCAGUCUACCAAUGAAAAGGAACUCCGUCGAAAGAAACGUGUCUAUAAGAAGAGAAUGAAAUCAGUUGGAGUGGUCACGCCGGACAACAAUACUCAACCGGAUGACCAUAUUAGUGAUUUGGAUGAUAAUAUUGAUCAAUGCUUAUGA